UGAGACUGACGCCCUGUUCACAGGAUGAAGUACAUCUCUUGCAUCUCAAGGCCUUUCCACUGGACCAUACUGUGGAUAACUCUACUUUAUACAUGCAUCUCUGUUGCUCAAAGCUCGUGUGGUCUUCCUCCCAGGCUCCAGAAUGGGAUGCUGAAACCAGAGUUCACAAACCAGGAAAUUUUUUCCAUAGGCUCAAAAGUGCAGUAUGUGUGCCAACCUGGAUAUGUUCGUAUUCCUGGAUCUAAGAGCACACUAAUAUGUAUGGAGAAUUCCAAAUGGUCACCAGGUCCAGAAGAGUUCUGUAAAAGGAAAUCGUGCAGAAGUCCAGUUGAUAUAGAAAAUGGAUAUUAUGAUGUUUCAGACUCACUUUUUUUUGGAUCAAAACUGACAUAUUACUGUAAUAAAGGAUACAGAAUGAUUUCAAAAAUAAAUUUUCAGGAAUGUCUAGCAGAUGGAACUUGGAGUGGUGAUCUUCCUGUAUGUGAAGCUGUGCUUUGUCCACCACCGGAACCUAUAUUAGGUGGAAGAUUUGAACCUGUGAAAGAAGAAUAUGCUUAUCUGGAGGCUGUGAUUUAUUCAUGCAAUGAUCCUAACAUUUUCAUUCUAACUGAAAAAUCUAUAUUCUGCAUGGACAAUGGGACGUGGAGUUCAUCCCCUCCAGAAUGCAUAGCUGUCAACUGCUUUCCCCCAUUUGUACCUUAUUCAAGGAAGUUGUCUGGAUUCAGUGGUCCGUACAAGCUUAAUUAUGUUGUGCAAUUUGAAUGUGAAAAUGGCUUCAUUUUGAAAGGGUCCAGCACUGUGAAAUGCAGUAUGGGAAGCAAAUGGGAGCCCCCACUACCUGAAUGUCUAAGAACCUACUGUACUGAACCUAAACUAAUUGAUGGAUAUAUCUCAAGUGGAACCCCUAAAUUCUUCAGAGAUGGCGCAGAAAAAGGAUACAAUGUGGAUGAUACUUUAAAGUUGUCAUGUGAUAGGUUUCGCACGUUAAAAGGAUCAAAAACCAUAACCUGUGGCUCUGAUCUCAAGUGGCAUCCUGAAGUUCCAAUCUGUGAAAACUCGUUUGGCUGCAGUUAUCCUAGUAUUACAAAUGGAUUUGUUGUCCUCAGGAAUGGAAAAGACUACUUUCCUGAAAGAGAUGGUUAUGUAUUCUCAAGAAAAGACAAAAUUAUUAUAGAGUGUGACCCUGGAUAUGUAAUGACUGGAAGUGAUAGCAGCACAUGUACUUUUAAUUGGGUAUAUAAAUGGAACCCAGCUCUUCCAACUUGCAACUAAGGUUUUCAUUUUCCUUUUCUAUGAUUAUAUAUUUACACACCGAUCAGUCAUAACAUUUUGACCACCUGCGUAAUAUUGUGUAGGUCCCCCUUUUGCCGCCAAAACAGCCCUGGCCCGCCGAGGCAUGGACUCCACUAGACCUCUGAAAGUGAGCUUGUCUGAUAGUUGUAGCUAUGUAUGUAAUUUACAGAUAAAUAUUCUGAUUAUAUUUACUCAAGACA